UUAAGUAUCACAAAAGAUGUACAAUGAUGACGAGCUCACGGAAUUCAUGGAUUUCUUAGUGGAACAGACAAAGGAUUCGAUUUACCCAAUGGUGGCGGCAAAAGUAUUCAAACAAUUCCCCAAUCGUCGUUUGAUCCCAAAAGAUAAGCGUUAUCAAAGAUUUGUCUUACAACUUGCACCAAAAAUGAACGAUUGGAAUAACUACAGUAUUGAGGCACGAAUUCGAUUGAUGUAUGCGCUGCGUGGAAAAGUUGAAGAUGAUUUUUUGGCAAGAAUUGAAGCUCAUGGAACUGUUCAGCUCAAUGAAAAACAAAGAAUCUCCAAAUUUACAGCGAAUGACGGAACAUUUUUUUUGGAAGAUGAUCGUAAACGUUUAUCACUAGACGCUACAAGACUCGAAUUCGUCAAGCUCAUGGGCUUUCUCAUUGAAAAAACCAAAGAUGCCGUUGAACCAUUGCCGAACACAAAACUAAUUUUUCAGGAGUUUAGCCAAAUUGAACCUGUUAAGAAGCCUAAUGAUACUGACAUAAUGUAUAAAUUUCGCAGUAGUUUGGCCCCAUAUAUGGACAAAUGGAAUGACUACAGUAUUGAAGACCGAGUUCGAUUAAUGUUCGCGUUGGGUGGAAAGAUUAAAGACGGUUUUCUGAGGACAAUCGAAACUCAUGGAACUCUCCAACUGGACGAUAAGAGAAGAAUCACAAAAUAUGUCUCCAACGACGGAAAUUUCAAAUUGGAAGGAAUUCGUCGUAAUGUUCACAAAAAGGAAGCUACAGGUCCUGAAUACACGAGAUUCAUGGACUUUCUUAUUAAAACGACUAAAGAAGCAGUUGAACCAAUGAGAGUCUGGUUAGUUCACAAUGAAUUUAAGCGCCAAGAGGGUCGAAAGUUUUCUAAAAGUGGAUAUGCUAAGAGAUUUCACAAAAAGUUGGCACCAAACAUGAGUAAAUGGACCAACUACAAAAUCGAAGAGCGCACCCGAAUGAUGUUUGCAAUGAAAGGCAAAGUUGAAUCUGAUUUUCUUGCUCAAAUUGAAGAAUCUGGCAAGGUUCAACUAGAUGAAAACCACCUAAUUGUCAAAUAUACUUCAAAAAAUAGAAAGAUUAAACUGGGAGGAGAGACGAGAUUGGUUGAGAAGAAGAAGCGGAAAUCUACAAAUUACCACAAAAUGCACCAAAAAAGACGCAAAAUCAUUCGGUCUGUCACGGAUGAGACGAGUUUGGUUGCGAAAUGGAAAAGAAAGUCGGACAGUUACUACGAAAUGUACCAAAAGAGACGCAAAAUCGGGGAGAAAGAGUUGUCUGACACGGCUGAGGUGGAAGAAGUAGCGCCAUACGAUUCGGACUAUGGCAAUGUCUACGUGGAGAAUUUAGAGGCUGAAGAUCAAGACACUCAACUAAAUCCUUUCAAUGCAAUGAGUGAUCUAACGACGGACGGUCCAUCAUCGAAUGCACAUGAUCUAACAAUGUGGCCUAACGAUGACCCGAAGCAAGAGCCUGUCUUUGAGAAUAUCUUCAUACAAAAUCAAUACUUUCCUCCAGAAAUUGAAGAGGUUCCAAAUCAAGGAGUUUACCAUGUUGAGCCAGAAACAAAGCUUUCUUAUAUUAACACUAAUCCAGGAUCAAGUGUCACUGAAUCUGGCGGGAUUAAGCUUCAUAAAUUCUUGAAUUUGUUAGAACUCAUUCUUACUUCUCUCGAAUCAGAUACUCUAGAUGAUUUGUUAAACGAUAUUGAAGGGAUUCGUGUUCGAAUAAAUGAUGAGAUUCUUCCACCAGAGCUAGUGAUCACUGCCUUGCAGACGUUCUUAUUGGGAAUCACUCGCAAGUCUCGAUCCGCAGCGUCAGCAGAAAACAAAUCAUCACACGAGUGUCUGAGAAUCUUCAAAUAUUCAUUGCCUUGGCUCAGAAGCCCUUUGCUUUGGGAGCUACAACAGAGGGUUGAGGAAGAAAUUGAAAGUCACGUUAUCGGAGGGAAGAUUAUCCUAGUCGCCGAUGUUCAGCAAGGUAUUCGGAACAUUCUCUUCGCGGUGUCCAACUAACUAAUCUGAAACAUUUCAUACUUAAGUUUCAUACUUAUCGUAUUUAUUUUUUGCAUAAAUGUACUUGCUGUG